UCCAACUCCCAGAAUCCAUUGCGAGCAUUCAACACUGCGUCAGCUGCGCGACGAAAAUCUGCUGCUGAAACAAACACUGCAUCAUACAGAAAUGGAGCUGGAGCAGCCAAAGGAGGAAAGUGCUCCAGCCCAACCUUCGACUGUGACCCCCUCCCAGUCAAAGAGGCCAGAUAAAGCUCUCUACACGCCCAAGAAACGACAAGAGGCCUCCCAGGACAAAGGCCAAGCUCAGGGAGGAGUAAAACCAAGACCCAGACCUCGCUACACGGACAAGGCACGGAAGAAUGCCAAGAACAAGAAGAGCAAGGCUCAAAUAGGGGGUGAGGGAGCGUCUGAUGCAGGACAAGAUCUGGGUGUAGCACAGAACGGUAACACCGAGGCUGAUGGAAAAGGAGAUCGCUUACAAGAUGCAGAGUUGCCGAGUGAUGGGCAGCCUGCCUCAGCCAAUCAGGAAACAGACACAGAGCUUACCUCAAGGCUGGAAGUGCCUGCCACUCAGGAAGAAGAGGAGGAAAGUUGGGACACCUUGUUCAACGAUGACGGGGACUGCCUGGAUCCACACCUGCUGGAAGAGCUUUCUUUGAAGGAAGGUAGAAAGAAAGAGUCAAUCCAGGACCCCAGGUUUGACUACUACAGCAUGGACAGAGAUGAAGAUGGAGAUGGAGACAUUGACCUCCGAGAGGACGAGCUGUCGCACAUCAUAGAAAUCUACGACUUUCCUCCAGAGUUUAAGACAGAGGACCUCCUCAAGUUUUUUCAGUCCUAUCAACAGAGAGGCUUUGAUAUCCAGUGGGUUGAUGACACCCAUGCCCUGGGCCUCUUCUCCAGCCCUAUUGCCGCCCGCGAUGCCCUGACAUCGAAACAUCCACUGAUGAAGGUGCGACCGCUCUCCAAAUCCUCUGCAGCCACUAAGGCCAAAGUCCGCAGCUGCUCAGAUUACCUCCUGCCUGCCAAGGAGCGACCCCAGACCAGCGCCGCCCUGGCCCGCAGGCUGGUGAUCGGAGCACUGGGUGUUAAGAGCAAGCAGACGAAGGAGGAGCGCGAGGCUGAGAGGAAGAAACUCCAGGAGGCAAGAGAACAAAAGCGCCUGGCAGCCAAACAGAGGGAAGAUGCCUGGGAGGGGAAGUGACACCUGCUGAACCCCCCUGAACCCCGCCCCCCACCCCCUACCCCGCCACCCCCCUCCACCCCGUGUUUCCUUGAUUCAGCAGAGGUUGAAGACGUCCCUGUUUUUCCUUCAGAGUCGACAAAGGACAGCCUUCUGCUCUCCUAUUUUUCUCGGUUGGCCACUCGCUCUUACCACAGCUCUUCCCAAGAGCUGGAAGUUAUCCUGCCUCACCGACUGCCAGUGAACAUCUCAUCGUGCAUUGUCAGUUUGGCUCUCAGUGUUAGGGAUGGGGAUUUCAAGAAACCUUACUAUCUUCACUUGGGCCCUCCACCACCACCCUACACUUGCACUCAGAGGGAGAAAGCGAGCCAUUCACACAUUUCACAGCACAGUCUUUUUAUUUUGAUGGCUUCAGUAGUCUUUGCAUGUUUUUCCAGUUUGUACAGUAGCAUCAGCAACAGAUCUCACAGUGCUGUACUAAAUGCUAAGCUUACACUUCCCUUGUGCGGAAACGAGCCAACGUUUUACAAGAUGAUCUUCUUUUUGUUAUUUUAAUGGUGGUUGGCAAACAACUGUUAGGUGCAUUAUCUCCACCUUCUGGCGGUAGAAAAGCAUUCCUAUCGGAUGCCGGUAAAUACGUGGAAAAUAGAUUUUUUAAGACAAGACAAUAGUCGCAUCAUAAAUGUCGAUGUAUUGUUUUUUUUUUUUUAACAAAUUAAUGACUAUUUGAAAACCAUGACCCAUUCCUACUCAGUAUUGCAAGAUGAACAUAUUGUCCCACUGGUACCUCAACGUUUAUCUCCACACUUUGUUCAGGGACUGUUAACUGGUGGCCAUGCAGACUCGUGGGGUGGGGGGGUGGAGGGGCUGAGCUGAAGCAACAACUGUAGCCGACACUGUCUACACUGACUUGGGGCCAGAGGUGCUUUUACGUCUCUAACACUGAAACCAAGUUCUGUAAUAAAGCACAUACCCAAACCAUCUGCAAAAGGCAACUAGGAAGGAAAGACUUUUUGGUUGUGUUUAAAGGAUGUAUGUAAGAGGACUUCUGUUUUUAAAAUUGGACCUCUCUAUCUUUGCCAUACUAGUGAUUCAUACAGUGUUCAGUGUUUUGUGAUAACAGCGCACUGAUGUGUACUACAUUUUCAAGAGUGAAAUUCCUAUAUUACAUGAAUUAAAAAUGUCUCAUGUUAAUAUAACUAUGUUUUCAAAAAUGUUUAGUGAAGACAUCCAUAAAAUUUAAUUUUGUUUGGGUGAUUAAAUUUUAAGUUACUGCAUUUUGAGGGCAUCCUUUUUUUUUUAAGUAAAUGCUUCACUACUGAUCUUGAUUGGCUACCAUCACUAAGGAAGAACCGAAAUCCUUCCAUCAGGCCAGUUUGAGGUCAUUUGAACUAACAUGCCCACUGGAAACUUUCCCCUUUCGAUGGAGAGGGACUUCAGCCGAAUACAUUUUUUUCUGGACAGACAGAUUCCUUGCCGUAAGUUUUGCCAGUUAGAAUCAAGCUGUUCUUCGGUCUGUUUUGGGAAUGGUGGAGAACAUGGAGGAAGCUAUAAUUAAUGUAGUGCCCAGUGUUGCUGGCUCGCCAUGUUGAUGUUACAAGACAACCCAACGGACAGUAAUCUGUCUGCUGCUUCAGUCUUUAGAUUCAUUCACAAAAACAAAUUCAGUUCAAGUUUAAUAACCUGGACCUGAAAGCUGUAUUCAAACUGCUAGCCAUGAGUUAGGGGAGCAAAAAAUAUGCAAGGCCAGUGUGAAGGGGAAAUUUGUUUGGUUCAUGUAGAUUACAGCAGGUAUACCUUAUAUAACAAAAUAAGAAAUAGAUGCACUGCAAGUUUUAAGUGUUUUCAUUUAUUCAACACAUCUAUUUAAAAAAAAAAAAAAAAUCAGUUCAGUAUGAGCUUGACAUUCAGUUUUAUGCAAUUCAAAUACACAUUCUGUUUGCACCAGUCUCUUAUCAUACACUCACCAUUCCAAAGAAGUAUUCUUGGUCGUGGCUGCAGCAGGUUUCACCUCCAACUUCACAGACACAGCUCUGCAGACUUGCACAGUAUCAUCAUGAAGUCGUGUGUCACAUGGUUGAAACAGGUGUUUCAGAUUGUGUUAAAUGCAUUGACGUUAACAAUUACAGUCAUUUUGUCAUGAAACAUUUUGUGAGACUGGCUUACCUCCUACAUGACAGUCAAGUUUUAUAUGGGCACAUGAUUUCACCUCUGGUUCCUGAUCACCUCUGUCAUUCAUUCAGGAUUAAUCCAUAUUGAUGAUCAUUCUGAUCAGUUCGAAAAGAGCUUUUUGUUUUGUGUGUGUGUGUGUUUAUCCAUGGCCAGCUAACAAGGUCUGUUUUCAAGCAUCAGCUUUCUUUUAUGUCUAGUCACCAAAACCAGUCAUUGAAACCAAGAAUGAAAACCAAAAUUGCUGUGCUGAUUUGUCAUUGCUGUAGCUUGCAGUUGAAACAUAACAUUUGUGAAAUGUUUUGGAAGUGCUGUUUGUGUUUCUGUUUUAAUGUUUGAUAACAAAAAAUGGUCUGAUGUGUUUCUCUAAUUUGGGAUUUAAUAAAUGCUUUUUUUU